AUGAAUAUACUUGAACUACCACAGGAUGUCCUUCUGUUGGUCCUUGCAAACUUGAACCCCAAGGAGUACCUAGCCUUUUGCCAGACUUCCAAGGCUAUCUACCAAGAGUACCGCCAGGACUCCAACUUCUGGCGAAAUACCACCUCGACAACCUUCCGAUUGCCCAUCAGCCCUCUCUUGGCUGCAGAUGGCCCUCGUUGGUACUCGCUCUACAAGAAGUUGAAGACCCAGACUCGAUUGUACACCUGGGGCCAAGGUCAGAAAGGUAACUUAGGUCCUGGCAGUGCUCUCCAGCUACCGCCUCGAGGGCCCCUAAGGGGACGCGGCAGAGUGAUACCUCACCGCCCAAUUCCCCGGCGUAUCUUCCAGCGUACCAGCUCCAGUUGGCCAACAGAGACUCACGUUCCUGUUGAAGUUGGUGUAAUUGCUGAUCUACAAUGCGGUGGCUGGUCUACCACCAUACUGUCAGCCGGUGGCAAGCUCUACACCACUGGCUCAUUGGAUUCAAUGAAUGGGAUUACCAUUGGCGAAACCACCGAUCAAUUCAAGCAGCUCGAAUAUUUGACCCAAAGCACGAGCAGAAUCCGACAAUUCUCUUCUGGUAGAAGACAUGUACUUGCACUGACUGACGAUGGCGAGGUCUUAUCCUGGGACAGAAUUAAUGGCAAAGGGUUGAAAGCAUUCUCGCGACACGCUCGGCACUUUGGCGGCACACCAACUCGCGUGGCGGCAGGCUGGGCCAUGAGCUCGGCAUAUAUACCCGAGACGGGUAUCGUGUACUGGAACCCAAUCAAAAAUGACGGGAGUGAUAAUGAGCUGGAUGGUUUGCAUGUCCAAGAGCGGACCAUUCCUGGCACUGCUGUCCAGCAGACGGACAAAGAACCCAUCGAAGUUACCAAGCAUGUAGUCCUCGAGGACUUUAUCGUAUGGAUCACGAGCCACUCUAAGAUCUACGCCUGUGGACUACAAACCGAGUCCGCCGACCAAACCGCUCCAAACGAAGACUUCUUCGAAGUGCCAGGGUACACGGCGCCUGGUCGGGAUCUCAAGGAUAUCCAAGGCCAAUUCCACAACUUCGGCGUCUUCACCUCUACCGGCGAAGUCCUCGCUGGCAAUGUUGACUACCUUCGCCAAGUAGCUGCAGCCCUGCGUAACAACCCUUCUCUACGCGACUCCGGCGACUGGUCGGAAUACCCUGCUGUCAUCUCCUCCCGCCCUGCAGAUGUCCCGACUUUACAACAUACUGGUGUUGUACAGCUGGCCUACGGCGACCAUCACUACCAUGCUCUGCACGCCAACGGCAAAAUCUCCAGCCUCGGACGCGACUCAAAGUCAUGCGGGCAGUUGGGACUCUCGGAUCCCAACACCGGUGGCCGCUUCCGCGGCCUCCAUCGCGACGUCACCCAGAUCAGCCGCGAUGCAACCCUGUUGCCCCUAGCCGAGCGCCGGGGCAGACAGAUAUGGUUCGAACCAGAGAAGAAAGACUGGCUGAGCUGGCUGGAGUCGACUUUGAAAGGCAAAGAUUUCAAGUCUGCUGACGGCGAACCGGCGGUCAGGGUGUGGGACGAUCUAGAAAAGUCCGCCAUCUUCAGUGAAUGGGUUGACCAGGAGGGACGGCAGUGGAAGCACGGGCCGCAAGGUAUGGCAAAUUCUUCCGUGCCAGACUGGAGUGGGGAGGAGAAAACAGAGACAGACUACGAGGAUCUGGAUCCGUACUUCGCCAUUGGUAUCGCGGCUGCGGGCUGGCAUUCUGGCGCCUUGGUGCUGAUGGACGAGGACAAGGCGUACAGUGUUCGGAGCAAGUGGCUGGUGGAGCACGAAGAAGGCGAUGGGCCGAGUAUCCCUGGCGCCUUCGAGUCCAAGCAUGACGAGGAAGAGUACGUCUGGAAGCGCGAAGGCUUCCCAAAGGUCGAGCUUCCAGAUGGGUUUGUCAUGCCUGGUGAAGGGGAGCCCAGGCCGUGGAGGGAGGGCAGACCUUCUCUGGCUGACUUGGGGCUUCCAGAGCAGCAGCAGCAGCAGCAGUAG